AUGUCGGCGCCAAUGCCUGGGCCGGAGGUGUUCGACGUCGUCAUCUUCGGGGCCUCAGGCUUCACCGGCAAGUACGUCAUCCGCGAGGCCCUCAAGUUCCUGCCCCCCAACGCCUCCCCGCUCCGGACCCUCGCGCUCGCCGGCCGCAGCCGGGAACGCGUCGCCGCUGCGCUCAGCUGGGCCGCCUCGCCGGGGCCCGUCCCGCACGUCCCCAUCCUCGUCGCCGAUGCCUCCGACCAAGCCUCUCUCGCCGUGGUCACCGCGCGGGCGCGCGUCCUGCUCUCCUGCGCGGGGCCCUUCCGCCUCCACGGCCGCCAGGUGGCCGCGGCCUGCGCGGAAGCAGGGACCCACUGCCUCGACAUCUCCGGCGAGCCUGAGUUCAUGGAGCGGGUCGAGGCCGACCUCCACGAGGUCGCCGCCAAGAACGGAUCGCUGAUUGUCUCCGCGUGCGGUUUUGCCUCCACCGUCGCGGACCUGGGGUUCUUGUUCCACUCCAGGCAGUGGACGCCACCGUCAGUGCCGGUGAGCGUGGUCGCGUAUGUCAACCUGGAGUCGUCGGACAGAAAGAUCGUCGGGAACUUCGCCACGUUUGAGUCGGCUGUUCUUGGUGUGGCCAACACCAGCCAGCUGCAAGCGCUGCGCCGGUCCCGGCCGAGGCCCGCGAAGACCAGUAUUCCGGGUCCUCCGCCUCCCAAAGGAUCGUUGAUGAUUGAGCAUGACAAGGCACUAGGAUUGUGGGCCAUGAAGUUACCUUCUGCUGACACAGUGGUUGUGAAGAGAACACUAGCAAAAGUGACAGAGCAUCCCGAGGGCCUUCCUUGUGCGGAUGAAACCUCAGAUUUUGAGAAGCAUAGGAAGGAAUUCUGGUCCUCUAUCAAACCUGCGCAUUUCGGAGUGAAGAUCGGAAGCCGUUCCAUCCUAGGCCUUGUGUGGUGCCUGUCUACUGCAAUUUUUGUUGGCAUUCUGGCGGGUUUCUCCUUCGGCAGGUCUCUCUUGCUUAAAUUCCCUGAGUUCUUCUCCCUCGGGUUUUUCAGAAAGACCGGACCAACAGAAGCGGAGGUCAGCAGCGCCUCGUUCAAAACAUGGUUCGUCGGCCGUGGCUACAUCGAUUCAGCCAACGCGUUAGAGUGUGGAAGCAAGCCAGACAAGGAGAUUGUCACCAGAGUUUCAGGCCCAGAGAUCGGGUACAUCACGACUUCGAUCGUCCUCGUCCAGUGCGCCCUCGUCCUGCUUAGCCAGCGAGCCAAUCUGCCGCAAGGCGGGGUGUACACGCCCGGCGUUGUCUUCGGGCCAACGGAUCUCCAGAAGCGCCUCGAGGAAAAUGGCCUGUCAUUCGACCUCAUCUCCACGAGGACCAUCCCUUAA